AUGAAAUUCUCGUGCUUUCCAACGCCAAGUAUCCUGGGACAGAGGGGUAGUAUCAAUCUUUCUCGGUCCAGGAAUGACGAAUCGAACGCGAUCAGUAAUGGAAAUGUGAAGAGUCCAGUGGUGACAAGCUAUAGGCAAUCAGGUGAACCAGAUCUGAGUCAUGGAGUGAUACGUUCCUUACCUGGUGUUACAAUAUUUAAUGGAACUGGACCUCCUGUACAUACCAAAGGCAAGGCACCAUCACCACCGCGACAGAAUCAUAGUCUCCUUUCCAUAAAGCAAGAGCAAGAAAAUGCCAGAAUUUCGGAUGUUCAACCUGCAAAUCCCAGAGGCGGAAUCAUCGGCAGAACUCCGACGCCACCCUCUGCACCGAGUCCUGUUUACGAAAAAGAUGAGAAGAGUAGGCAACAAAUUAGAAAAGCUAUUUUGGAGAAUGAAUUCCUUGGUAAUCUUGAAGAGAACCAGGUGGAAGCGUUAGUUUCCGCUAUGUAUUCGAAACAGAUACCGCCAAAUACUUUAGUGAUUCAAGAAGGAGAUAUUGGAUCGCACCUUUACGUCUCAGCGGAAGGAGAAUUUGAUAUCUAUGAAGGGAACACGUUCCAAAGAACUUUUGGACCUGGUGUCGCAUUUGGGGAGAUUGCCUUAUUGUACAACACAAUGAGACUUCGAUCCAUCAAGGUAAAGAAGGGUGGAAAAGUAUGGGUGCUCGAUCGAUCCGUGUUCCUCACGGUAAUGAUGAAAUCAGCCCAGGAGAGGCUGGAAGGAAACAUUCGAUUUCUUCAACGUGUUUCCGUCCUCCAAAAAUUACCCGAGCCUAAAGAUCACGUCUUGGCUAAAAUUUCUGAUCUCAUUCGUGUGGAAUUCUUCCCUGCUGACACAAAAAUAGUUCGGCAAGGAGAGAAGGGUGAAAAGUUUUACAUAAUCAGCGGUGGAAACGUCAAAAUAACAAAAGAUACCGAAGAUGGUAUGGAAGAAGAGUUGGUGGUCCUUGGAAAGGGUCAAUACUUCGGAGAAUUAGCUAUUUACGAUGAUGCCGGUGAAAAUCGACGACAUGCCAAUGCGAUUGCACUUGCUCCUGGUGUCGAAUGUUUAACAUUGGAUCGAAAUUCCUUCCUGAAUUAUUUGGGUGGUCUCGACGAAAUACGUAAUAAGGACUGGUUAGCAGAAUAUGAGAAACAGAAACGAUCAUUGACGUUUAAAAAAUGGUCUCACGAAUACUCGAACGUCACUUUAGCCGAUUUAGACACUAAAGGUACCUUGGGAGUCGGUGGAUUUGGUCGUGUCGACUUAGUCACCUUAAAAUCUGAUUCUGAAAAGAGUUUCGCGCUGAAGAAAUUGAAGAAAAAAGUGAUGGUCGAGCAACAACAGCAGGAACAUGUUUUGAACGAGAAACAUAUUAUGCAGGCCUGUGAUUCUCCGUUCAUAUGCAAACUCUACCAGACAUAUAAGGACAGAAAAUACGUAUACUUCCUGAUGGAAGUUUGUCUAGGUGGAGACGUAUGGACAACUCUCCAAAGAAGGCGAUUCUUUGACGAUGCGACUGCACAAUUCAUGGUAGGAUGCGUGGUGGAAGCUCUCGAUCAUCUUCACUCGAUGAACAUUGUUUAUCGAGAUUUAAAACCGGAGAAUCUUAUGCUUGAUAUUCGUGGAUAUUUGAAAUUGGUUGAUUUUGGAUUCAGUAAAAAGAUUGGACCAUCCAAAACGUGGACAUUUGCUGGUACACCUGAGUAUGUAGCGCCAGAGAUUAUUUUGAACAGAGGCCACGAUAGAGCGGUGGAUUAUUGGGCUUUGGGAAUUCUAAUUCAUGAAUUAUUGAUCGGUAAGCCACCCUUCCGAGGCUCUGAUCACAUGACCAUUUACAACAAAAUUGUAAAAGGUAUCGAAGUAGUCGGAAUACCAAAUACCAUUAAUAAAAAUGCAAACAAUUUAAUCAAGAAACUUCUUCGUCUAAAUCCUUCUGAACGUCUUGGAUACCAAAGAAAUGGUAUCCAAGACAUUCGAGAUCACAAAUGGUUCCAUGGAUUUAAUUGGAAUGCCUUGCAAAAAUUAACUUUACCGGCGCCAAUCGUUCCAACGGUGCAAAGUCGAAUUGACACGAGAAAUUUCGAAAGAUAUCCUCCAGAUCGUAAUAUUCCACCAGAUGAGUUCUCCGGAUGGGACGAGAAUUUCUAA